AUGACCAACAACCUGGAGACCCGUACCGCACGCCGUCUCGGUAUCUUAGAGACUGGCUCUGCUGCCUAUCACUUGUUCGGCUUGUAUCGCUGUGUCAUCAUAUCAGCACGUUAUAAUGUCCCACCAAAUACAUCUCCAAAUGAAGCCAUUCUCGCUGCUGUAGCAAAUCUCAUCAAUGAGAACCCUAUGCUCCGAGUGGGCAUCCAAGGCGAGGGAGAGAUGGAAGCCUACUUUACACACGUGCCCGAGAUGCGACUGAGUGAUUUCGUGGAAUUUCGUACCUGGGGCCCUGGGGAAGAUCCUGACAAGUGCCUGAACGACUUGCAUUGUGAAUUGCAUGACCAGUUCUGGCAGAACAUUGAGACGAGGCCCCCGUGGCGGGUUGUCGUUGGCAGACCCUCCGGCGUCAGAGAAGACCACGGAGACCCUCUCUUUGAGGACAUUUCAUUUGCCUUCCACCACUCUCUUAUGGAUGGCAUGGGUGGAAGGCUGUUUCAUGAGAAACUACUUGCCCAACUGAACUCUCUGCCGCCGAACCCAUUAGCCCCAGAGGUUCUCUCCUUUCCCGAACCACCGGUACUCCCUGAACCACAAGAAAAUGUCAUCGACUAUACGUCGACACUAUCUGGCCGAGCUACUCUUCUAUGGAAACGAUACCGUCCCUGGUUCCUCACUCCUGAUCCGCCAAAUAUAUGGGCUGGUGAGCCUGUUGACUUCGAUCGCCACAAGGCUUGCUUGGCAACCGUGGAUAUCCCACCAGAAGUUGUAUCGACUGCCCUCAAAGAGACACGCGCUCACGGGACUUCUAUGACAGGUCUUUUGCAUGCCCUGGUCCUUGCAUCACUAUCGCGACGUAUUCCUACCGCCCCAGCUUUCAUUUCAUCGACACCCAUAAGCAUGCGUCCCUACAUAUCACCCAAUGCUGACCCUGCUAUCAAGGACGCGCUGUUCGGUGCUGUAACCGGCAUGUCACACGAACACUCUUCAUCGGCUGUGGCUGCCUUGCAAGCUACAAAGGGUGACGAGAUCAAUGACCUUAUCUGGAGCCACGCAAGGAAAGUCAAAGACGAGCUCAAGAAAAAGACAUCAUCGAUUCCAGUGGAUGAUGACAUGUUGGUACUCGCGACCAUUACUGAUUGGAAAGCACUUCUACGGAAGAAGGAUGGACAGCCACGACCUCGGUCAUGGGAAGUUAGCAACGUCGGCACUCUUCCAGCUCCUGCUGAGGGGGAUGAUAAGAGGAGCAUUCAUCGCAUGCUGUUUACAAAUGGCGUCAUGGUUGCAAGUGAUCCCAUGAGUGUUAGUGUUGCAAGUGUCAAGGACGGUCCCUUGACGAUGGGAAUUACAUGGAAUGAUAGUUUUGUGGAAGACAAGAUCAUUGAGGGGCUGAAAGAAGAUCUUGCGACAUAUCUAAGGCGGCUGCAUGAGACGGGGAUAAUCACUGAUGAGUCGUAG